AUUUUGUUGCGCGAACAUCAACAACGAAUUUCGAAAGAUUUACAUCUUCUAUUGAUUUUAAUGUUUAAUUCAUCUUUAUUUAUCAGACUUGAUCACACGUUUGUCAUACAUAUUUUUUCUCCACAAAAUGUCUGAAUAUGGUCAAGAGUCCAGCGGAAGAGUUAAGGGUGUGACGAUAGUGAAGCCAAUCGUGUAUGGGAAUGUAGCAAGGUAUUUCGGCAAAAAGAGGGAGGAGGAUGGACACACUCAUCAGUGGACCGUGUACCUGAAACCUUACAGAAAUGAGGAUCUGUCCACAUAUGUGAAGAAAGUAACAUUCAAGCUGCACGAUAGUUACCCAAAUUCUACCCGAGUUCAUACAAAGUCUCCCUACGAGGUGACAGAGACUGGCUGGGGAGAGUUCGAAGUCAUAAUCAAAAUAUACUUCAAUGACCCAACAGAGAGACCGGUGACGGUUUACCACUUGUUGAAGUUGUUCCAGAGUGAGACGGAGGUCAUGCUUGGCAAGAAAUCUCUCGUUGCUGAGUACUACGAUGAACUGGUGUUUAAUGACCCUUCCUACAUGAUGCAGCAGCUUCUCAACGGGACACGCUCUCUCUCCAUCGGGGCAUAUAAACAUGACUCAGACUUUGAAGAGAAAAAGGAAAAGACAGUGGUGAAAAUAGAAAAUGCCAAACGGAAAAUACGAUAUGAAAUCUCAGAAUUGAAUGAACGCUUGAAACAAAAGAAAAUGACAAUCCAGAAGUUAAAAGACGAAAUUUCAAAACUUGAUACCCACAGCACAGACACUCCUGUAUCAGAAUCAUUGACCUGAUCACUGAAGUGUAAAUGGGUGUAAUUGCUUUUGGUUUGAAACUUUUUCAAGCGAAUGCUUCCAUGUAGCACAUGAAUAAAGGCUGGCAUACAUCGAUAAGAAUGCAGUGUGUCCAAAGUUGUAGUAUGAUGGACAAUCUGUUAAAUAUGAACAUUUUGUUUCAAAGGAUGUAUGUUUUCACGAAAACGUGUAUUAAUUAGAUGCAUGCAUUAAAUUUUUUUUUGGCAAAAAACAGGUAUCAGAACCUGUUAAUGCAUUGUGUUGAGUACCGGUAUUUUGUUGUGCCUUGUAAGAAUAAAUAAACCAUGCAAAUACAAUACUUAAG